AUGGCCGACACGGAGACCACUGGGAGUAAGCGCAAGCUCAAGGAAAAUGCCUUCACAGCCAAGGCCGAAAGCGGGACACUCAAGGUGAAAAUACUACGCCGUGAACAGCAGGGCAAUGUGCCCUCUUCGGCCUCCACUGUGGCCACUAAGACAAGAAGUCGUCGCGCUACAAAAGCUCCUCCAGCGUCAGACUCACCUCCAAAGCCUCGACCUAAUCGGAAGCACGUACCCAUUUUCUACGAGCCUCAAUUCCGUCGACCAAUCAAGAGAGGAGGACGCCAUAGUACCAACCACAGUAGCUCCACGGACGAGCACUCGACGUCGUCCACCAAUGUCCCUGGGAUCCACUCUGCGUCCACGGAGACGUCGGGAGUAGCUUCGUCAUCGUCCACAAGCUCCAGUUUCGUGUCUCACUUGUCCGAUGUGAAGUUUGAUGAGCCUCCUAGAGCAAAUCCACUGUUUGCUCGCAAUGAUAGCGACGGAUUGAGCACAUUGGGGGAACUACUAAGACCUUACUUGCCGUCAGGGUCACAACCGAGUUUCCCUCAGUCGUCGUCAGCGGGACUUCUGAUGGACAGGACUGCUGGACUCUCGUCUGCGCUGCACCAACUUGCGUCGUCUUCAGCUUCGUAUCGCUCCGCACUGGAAGGUCUCUCGACAGCUAAUGACAAAGGCAUCGAGACGACUCCAGCGACGUCCACAACUUCGCAUGCGACGCAACAUGGAGCAUUGGGUAGCUACAAAUUUGACCCAUUGGCUGCACUACAGACCGCAAUUGAUCAUGCACAACGAGCAUCGACAAAGGACAAUAAAAGCGAGACACCACGAGAAGUUGGCAGCCCCAGUAGCAACACUCGUUUCUAUCGACUGGAGCCGUCGGGAUCAACACAAAGUAACGAGGUGCGCUCGAAAACUUUGGGGUCUCCACCGGAACUGCCCCCAGCGAUUACACUGCAGAAUUUACUGAUUGGAGGCGGAAUCCAUCGCUUUUCUUUGCCGAAACGAGCGGAUAGCGUUAAGCACGCAACAAGUUCUUCGUCGAACGAUGAAAGCGAGGCAAAGGACGCCCUCGCUGCGCUUGGACCUCCACCUGAUGAUCCGCCAUCGUUUUUGCUGUCAAACUCACUGUCGAACGGGAGUAUUUCGAUUUUAAACCUACCCAGGACAAAUCCAAGUCUGGACAGACUAGGGUCGCUAACGAGACUGAUCAGCCAAGCAAAUGAGACUACAAAAGAUCUGAACACGACGCUUUCAUCUCCACCCAAGACAAAUCCUGGUCUGGAUAGAUUAAUGUCAUUAUCAAGUGUUAUUAGCGAGGACGGUGAGGCUACAAAGAUUACGAAGCAGACAGCGGCUCCAGACACUAGUUCAACCUCGUCGAGCACCACUCACGAGACUGAGGAUAGCAACAGUGAAGCGAUGGAGCUGGGUCCACCACCUACUGGUCCACCCGCGUUUACGAUCGGAAACUCAUUGAUGGGAGGAGGCAUCGAGCUGCAACCUGCUGCUACGAAUGUGAAUACGCACAACUUUGACUGGAAGCUGCACAGAAGUGCAUCAAGCAGUGGUGGAAACACUGCUACCAAGGGUGCCAGUCGUGGGUUACGAGCUCAGCUGGAACAAACACUGGCAGGGUCUCAGAAUGGAACAAACCAGUCGUAG